GAUCCGCGGUAAUCUUCAAACCUCACAUCAUCGACGAGCUAUCAACAAUCAUCCCGCUGAGGUCAAUUGUCGCUCAACCGCCAUCAUGUCGACAAUCUCACGAACAUUGUCCAACCUGCGCAAGGUUGGAAUCAAGGACUACUUUGUCCAGAUGCUGUACAUCGGUGACACCAAGGCUGGUCGUCUGAUUGGCACCGAUCGCGCCGGCAACAAGUUCUUCGAGAACAACGAGGAACUCCCCCUCCGAACACGCUGGGUCGAGUACGCCAAGCACGACUACGACGCCGCUCACAUUGAGCCUGGAUGGCACGCCUGGAUCAGCUACAGCGUCGACAAGCCUCCUACCGAGGACCCCCUACUACAAACCGGUGUCCGAGCCUUUGAGCCCUCACGCGCCCUCCCCAACUUUACCCAGACCCGCGGCGCUUUCAAGACUUACAACACUUCCAAGUCCAAGAUCUCGGCAUGGGAGCCUGUGGCGGCGCCCCGGGCAUGAGGAUGAGUGGUCAGGUGUACAUAAAUUCGCGUAGAGGUUCAAUCGAGAAACCCAAGCAUUGAAUUCAGAAGCUGCUAGUUCUACAGCUAAAAAUGGUAUAAGAUCUAGAAAAUGUGCACUCUAUGGUCUUUCAGAUCCUUCUCUUAUACGAACUACAUAAGAAAUCACGAUCUACGACUUUGCUUCAAUUGCAGAUUUGAUGGCUAAAUGGUCAGCGGAGUUUGAAGGAUGGACGGGAUACUAACCUUCACAAGUCACUCUAGCGUCUCCAAACAGCAUCUUUGCGUUGGGCAUGUAAAACAUGGGGUUUGGAA